AUGUCCACGUGAUUUAAGCUGUCACCAAAAAAGCGACCGGCUGUCAUUGGUUCGAAAUAGAAGUUAAAUCUCCACUUAUCUGUACACGUGAAUUAUAUAAACCGUGUGGUCACAGUAGGAGAUAAAUAGCAUCACGUUUCCUGUUCCAUUUCGAACCAGUUGUUUUACUACUUCAGCUGCAACAAGAGCCGUCACCUACUUUUAUCUUUUUAUUUUAGAAAACCAUGAAAAUGUUGAUUGCUUUCUCGUGCUUGCUUGCCGUUUCGGCAGCUCAAACGACAAACUAUCCGUACAGUGCUUAUUUGGACUCAGAUGGGUAUUUCCUGCUGAAGUGGGAUGUUCGCCCAUCUGUGGGAGAUAUCGAAAUGCAGUUUGUGGUUAACGCUACAGGAUGGGUAAGCUUGCUCAUCGCUUCCGAGGAUGGAUCCUAUGCCGACGUGAUUUUUGGUGGCUAUAACGAAGAGACAACUUAUGGCUACUACGCUGACAUGCAUUGCGGUUUACUCGAGGGACCAUCUCAUACAGCCCCGGUAAAUGAUGAAAGCCCAGAUUUGGUUUUCCAGAGCGCAACGUACGAGAAGCCCUAUACCACAUUGACAGUUAAACGCUCCAUUUAUACAGGAGAUAAGGAUGACGUUGCGAUUCGCGCCGGACCUCUCCUACUUGGAUGGUCUUUCAGCGAUAUGGACACCUCAACCGUUCCACAUACUAACGCGGGAUUUGCUACACUAGCCCUUAUUCCCUUUUAAAAAUUUAGCCGAUUUUCAAAUUAAAAUGUCUUUUCUUACAUCGUGUUUCAGUGAUCAUCAUAUUCUUGGCUCAUUUUUUAUAGCUUUUGGUGGUGAUUCGUGUUUUGGCCAAUUUGGCUUUAAACAGGAUCGAAAUUUAAAAAUGAUGAAUGAAUAACAAUAUAAUCUAUAAUUUUAA